UUCCUGAAGCCUCUCAGUCCUCAAAGAUAGACGGACUGACAGACAGCUGGCAAGAGGCAGCCUGGGGGACACAGCUGCUUCAGCAGUCCUCAUGGCUGAGUGAGAUUUCCUUGAGCCCAGCAAUCUACCCCAGCAUGGUCCAGGCCUGUGAAGGGCGCUUCAGAGCACAGCCACCGACCUUGUUUUUGGGGGCAGCCAUGACCCAGCCUCCACCCACCAAAGCUCCAGCCAAGAAGCAUGUACGCCUGCAGGAGAGAAGGGGCUCCAGUGUGGCUCUGAUGCUGGAUGUGAGGUCUUUGGGCACCGUGGAACCCAUCUGCUCAGUGAACACACCCCGGGAGGUCACAAUACACUUUCUGCGCACAGCCGGACACCCCCUUACAUGCUGGGGUCUACAGCACCAGCCACCCAGCCCCAAGCAACUAGAGGAGGAGUUCUUGAAGAUUCCCUCAAACUUUGUCAACCCUGAAGACCUGGAUAUCCCUGGGCAUGCCUCCAAGGACAGAUACAAGACCAUCUUGCCAAAUCCCCAGAGCCGCGUCUGUCUCAGCCGGGCACAGAGCCAGGAAGAUGGCGACUACAUCAAUGCCAACUACAUCCGAGGCUAUGAUGGCCAGGAGAAGGUCUACAUUGCCACCCAGGGCCCCAUGCCAAACACUGUAGCGGACUUCUGGGAGAUGGUGUGGCAAGAAGAAGUGUGUCUCAUUGUCAUGCUCACCCAGCUUCGAGAGGGCAAGGAGAAAUGUGUACAUUACUGGCCCACAGAAGAGGAAACCUAUGGGCCCUUCCAGGUCCGCAUCCAGGACACUAAAGAGCACCCAGAAUAUACUGUGAGGCAGCUUACCAUCCAGCACCAAGAGGAAUGCCGGUCAGUAAAGCACAUCCUCUUCUCGGCCUGGCCAGACCACCAGACUCCAGAAUCGGCUGGGCCCCUGCUGCGCCUGGUGGCUGAGGUGGAGAGCCCAGAGACAGCGGCCAACUCUGGGCCUAUCGUGGUCCACUGCAGUGCAGGGAUUGGCCGGACAGGCUGCUUCAUCGCCACCCGCAUCGGCUGCCAGCAGCUGAAGGCCCGAGGAGAAGUGGACAUUCUGGGCAUCGUAUGCCAACUGCGCCUAGACAGAGGAGGCAUGAUCCAGACUGCAGAACAGUACCAGUUCCUGCACCACACGCUGGCCCUGUAUGCAGCCCAGCUGCCCCAGGAGCCCAGCCCCUGAUCCCUUUGCCCUUCACCAGUCCGGGGACUCUAUUAAUGAGGAUGCUUACAGUCCCAGGAAACUGCUCCAGCAAGCUUCACCACCAACCUCUCCUCUGCCUUCUCUAGUGGCCCUCAGUGGACUAUAGGGGAGCUGCUGGUGGCUCUGAACUUACAGACAGGAGCUGGUACUUGAAAUGGAUUGAGAAAGAAGCUGGGGUGCUCAUCUUAUCUCAUGUGCUUUCUGUGGGCUUUUUUCCUGUUGAUGACACCAAGAGUCAGCCCUUUGCUGCCAUCAUAGAAGCAAACAGAAUGUUCCCAAAAGCCAUUCAAGAUGUAGCCAUGCUGCCGGGGCUGCUGAGACAGUAACUGCCGAAUCCUCUUCCAUUAAGGCCUUGCCCACACAUGGGACAGAUGCAAGAGUGGGGAAACGUCUGGUCUAACUUUGGCUAAAUCCUCUACAUCCUACAUAAAUUGCUCCUCCUCAUAUACCUGUGACCCCCCCCCCUCAGAAGACAACAAGGACCCCGAUUGGCCUGCCUCCACACAUCUUGUAAGAGGAGAUGCAGAGGUGACCAGGCCUAGCAGCUGAGAUCACUGGAAGAGCCCAGGUGUGAGGAUGCAUACCUGUCAUCCUAGGGGCACUCAGGAGCAGAAGCAGGGGGAUUGCUGCAAGUUGGGGCCUGGCUAGAUCUACAUUUUUUGAGUUCCAAGCCAGCCAGAACAACAUAGUAAAACCUUAUUUUAAAUUGGGGGGAAAAAAGCAAUCUUGAGCUCUCUAGGAGAGACAAUGUAUAGAGGCAAUGUAUAGGAGCCAUUCAGAGAUCAGGCUGCUCCUGCCGCCUCUGUGACUUCCUGCCAUCUGCUCUCCAACCACUCUCUAGGGAAGCACUCUCUGCUUUUCUUCCAUGACUUUAGAGCAUGCCCUGGGUAUCCAUGAAGUACCAAAGAAAGAGGAGAGGAGAGACGAAGGGCUGCGUAUGGUUCUAGAAAACCUACCCGCCAUAUCUUCCCGGGCCUGUAUUUAUUUGCAGAGCACACCUGGAUAGCUUAACUCAUUCCAGAAACAGGCUGGGCUAUCACCACUGCACACAGCACAGGGCUAAAACCAAACCUCAGGCCUCAUCCAUUUCCGGGGACCCACAACCUAUCUCGGGGUUGAACUAUACACCCCAGAAAGCCAGACAAGCCCUGAGUCACCCUUGAUCCAGUUUGGGCUACCCGUGGGGAUGAAGAUGGGACAGUUUUCCUGCUGUCUGGUCCUAAGCACCUGGAUGUUCUGUGGUUUGCAUGAGUCCUCUGUGAAAACCACACGGAGCUCGGUCCUGGUGAGUGAAUGCCCUCUCUGAAGGACACACAGUGCUGCUGGGCAGGGAGGCACAAGCCUGAGAUUCGCACUUGGAAAGCAGAGGCAGGAGAAUCAAGACUUCCAAACUAGCCUUGGCUACCUGGGACCCUAUCUAAAAAACAAACAAACGAACAAAAACAAGCAAACAAAAAGUGUAGCUUUGGUGCUUGUCCUGGAACUAGCUCUUAAAGACCAGGUUGGCCUCGAACUCACAGAGAUCCGCCUGUCUCUGCCUCCUGAGUGCUGGAAUUAAAGGUGUGCACCACUGCUGCCCGACCGAGGUUGAAUUUCUUAAUGUUCCUCCUCAGCUUAACUAGGCAUUCCACUUCAGCCUUGGGGUGAUGGGGCUUGCUCUUCCACUUUCUGAAGCUCCCUGAAAGAUCUGUGUUGCCCAAGCAGGCUCUAAAGUACCCGAUGCUGCCGUGAGCUCAGAGCCAAUCCAGAAGGGAGCAAUUGCACAGCCCUAUGGGCACCCUCCCCUCACUGCCACCCCAACCCUGUUCUAGGGGACACAGGCUCUAGAAAAAAAAUAAAGACUUCUUGGAUGUCCAGUUAA